CUGCCUAUUGUUCAAUGUUGUUCCUGGUCAAAUUGUGACCUUGUUGUUUACUGGAAAGGAAAUUCGUUCCUUUAUAGCUAUAAUGGCAGUCAAGAUAGUAAGGCAUCUGUAUCGCUAAAACGACACCGCACAAAGAUGGCCCUUAUGCGGAGGAAAGUUGGCAAUGGCAUCAAGAAAGGACCCGUAUCACAAGUGAAUGUAGCGGCAAAGGAUGCAGUUUUGGAUAAGAAUCGUCAUGUUGUUUCGUAUUCAUACGGGAAAAAUCAGACGGUUCUUGUUGAAUAUGUGGCCGAUCAGUUCAAGGACAUGUUCCAAAUUGGUCGUUCUUCGGAAGAACAAAUAGACUUCACUAUUGUGGAUACAUGGCUCGCUUCCGGUUCACAACUCGCAACUCGUGCCGGAUGCGAUCACCAUAAGAUGGUUUCCUCAACUAUUAGUCGUUAUGCCUGUCGAAUCAUAGUCGAUCGCGAGAACUACGAUAAAGCUUUCCUCUACGCUGCUGGAUUUGACUCUGUGAAGAACAUCUUCCUUGGAGAAAAAGCAACGAAGUGGGUGAAGAAGAAUGGUGAAAUGGAUGGGUUAACCACUAACGGGAUACUGAUAUUGCACCCUAAUAGGAAUUCUGAGAUCUUGGAUGAUGACCUUCCUUCAAUGUAUGUAUGGAGAGAAGUUUCUGUCGAUGGUGACAUCUAUACAUUACGAGAGACCCGUAGUAGUAACACUAGAGGAAAAUUGGUUCCAGAAGAAACAAAUAUGUUACAAGAUGGUUCUCUAAUUGAUCUCUGUGGUGCUACACUGUUAUGGAGAACAGCGGAUGGUCUAAGGAAAUCCCCAACCGCCCAAGAAUUAGAAAUGGCAUUGGACAGAUUAAAUGCAGGAAAACCACAAUGUCCAGUAAAUUUGAAUACUCUUAUUAUCCCGAAGAGAAAGAGCUCAAAGGGCGGUGGAAGUAGGCAACCGUAUGUCUAUCUGCGAUGUGGGCAUGUGCAAGGUAAGCAUGAAUGGGGAUAUCACGCGUCAUCGAAUGGUCAACAGUCCUAUAAAUGUCCUAUAUGUUUAGCUGAAAGUGAGCGAGUAAUUCAGCUAACAAUGGGUAUGGAAUCAUCUUUCCACUUGGACUCGGGAAAUCUUGAUCACGCGUUUAAUCCAUGCGGACACGUAGCGAGUCUUAAUACUGUCAGGUUUUGGUCGCGAAUUCCACUUCCUCAUGGCACGAACAGUUUUCAUCCUGUAUGUCCGUUUUGCACAACACUUCUUGCAACCGAGAAGCCCUACGUGCGACUCAUCUUCCAGGACCAUCUGUUUGAUAAAUGA